CCUUCUUCAUCUCCUUUGGCUCCUAUGGCAUCUUCAAGUUCAUCGAAUUAUUCUAAGUCAAAUUCGAACAUUUCCAAGAGCAGGAGCACAAUUGAUUAUGCCCACCCUUGUCACUGUGAGAAGCCUUCCCAAGUUUGGACCUCAACUACGACUAAUAAUCCGGGUAGAAAGUUCAGAGUAUGUCGUAACUCACUAGAUAAGAAGAAGAAGAAAUGUGAUUUCUGGGAAUGGGUCGAUCAAAAUGACGAACUAAUAAAAGAAGACAACACUGAAGUCAAGAUAUCAAUAUUGGAAAAUAAUUUUUGGACACAUAAGAAAGUUUGGUUAACUAAAAGUCUUGUGUUGGAAUUAAUUUAUUGGUUACUGCUUAAUACUGGAAUGGAAUUAGUGAUUCCUGAAAUGGAAUGGAUUUAUUGGUUAUUGCUUAAUAUUGAUUCUUCACACAGGAUUGGAAUUAAUGGUUCCUGA